CCUCGCCGGAUCCACGGAGGGACCCCGCAGACACAGGUCACCCACCCUGGGACGUGCCAGCCACCAGCCAGCCCCGGUCCCGAGAGCCAUCUGCAGAAGCCAUGGGUGCUGGGUCCCCGCUGCCGCCCUGCCCACUCGGCUGCCUGGUCCUCCUCACCCUCCUGGGAGGUGGGAUGGCGGCCCCCCCCACCCCUGACGGAGACGGGGGGCAGACGGCCGACUGCCCCAAGAACUGGAUCCAGUACCGGGGGUCCUGCUACGGCUACUUCAACACCAGGAUGACCUGGGCCGAGGCUGAGGAGGAAUGCAACCGGUACGGCCCCAUGGGGCACCUGGCCUCCAUCCACAGCGAGGGGGCCGCCAUGGUCCUGGCCCGCUACGUGGACAAGGAGAUGAAGGGGGUCAACACCUGGAUCGGGCUGCAGGACGAGGAGCAUACCAGGAAAUGGAAGUGGUCGGACGAUUCCACCUACAACUACGAGAGAUGGGCGCCGGGGCAGCCCAACAACCUGUGGGACAGGGAGGACUGCGUGGUGCUGGACGCCUACUCGGGUUUCAAGCUCUGGCACGACUACCCCUGCGACGACAAGUUCCCCUUUCUGUGCCGGCACCAGCUCUGAGGGGCUUGGACCCCCCCACACCGGGGCCUGGAGGAGCCCCCACAGCCCCCUCCCUGCCCAUCACCCUGCUGGGGCCCC